GCGUGCUGGACCCGGCCCGGCAGGACCGGCAGGACUGGCAGGCCAGGCCGCAGGCCCGAAGGACUCAUCGUCUUAUCGCUCUCGUCGGCUGCACACCGGGCACGCCGAUAACGGGGGGCGACCUCGCCCAGCCGCUGGCCCCGCCAGCCAGCCGCUCAGUGGCGAGUUUGACGCGGUGCUCGAACUGCAAGGGAAGACGCCCCCGCUCCGCUCUGCCCCCGCGCAGCCCCGCCGUCUGCCUAUUCCGCGACUUCCGGGAACGAAAUCGCGCCGCGCAAUAUCUCGAUAUCUGUAGCGCCACAGCGCCACCUGUCCGAUUUGGCGGGUGCGAGGUGCGGCCAGGUGCGGCCCAGGAUGAGGGGCGCGUCGCCGGCGUCGCCGUGUUGUUGUCCGGACGUCCUUCCCCGAACGGAUGAGUGUGUUGUGGCGGCAUAGUGUGUUGUUGUUGUGGCCGCGGCAUGGCGUACGCGUCGACGGCGUCGCCGCAGAGGACGCCGCGGAGCGAGUGACAGCGGACAGAGGGACGCGCCGCGCAGCACCGCGCAGCACCGCGACACCAGCAGCCCUAGAACCGAGCACCAGCCCGCCCGGAGCAACCCUUCCACCAUGGCGGGACACAGCCGCGCAGGUGCAGGCCGGUGGUCGCCGGCCCGGAUCGCCGCGGCCGUGGUCAUCCUGGCCCUCGCCGCGGGAGGGGCGUCGUCAGCACCCCCCGCGGUCCCCGAGCACACCAGGGCGCCCGCCGCCAUCGCGCACGCCGACCGCGCCAGACAGUGCUGCAGCAGCCCCGAGGCCACCGUGACCCACCGGAAGUGCUCGGACGGGUCUCAGCUGCCGCUGGACUGCGUCCUGUUCCGGCUCAACCCCGCCGUGGAGGAGGACGACGCCUUCGAGCUGAGCGCCGACGGCAAGACCCUCGUCUACUGGAACGAGACCACGCGAGAGUUCUGCGUGCUGAAGGCGGCGGACGGCUCCGUGGAGGCGCUGGUCUGCUUCCACGAGCCGGGCGAGCAGCAGGACGACCCGCGGCCGUCGUGGUGGUUCGACGUGGCGUCCGCGCUGUCCUGGCUGUCCGUGGCCUGCCUGGCGCUCACGCUGCUGGCCCACGUCCUGCUGCCCGACCUGCGCGACCUGCAGGGCCGCUGCCACAUGGGCGCCGUGGCCAGCCUGGCGCUGGGCCUCUUCAUGCUGGCCUUCCUGCAGGCCAUCAACAUGGAGGAGCCGCUCUGCACCAUCAUGGCCUUCCUCGCCUACUACUGGCUGCUCAGCGCCUUCUUCUGGCUCAACAUCACGUCGUUCAACGUGUGGCGGUCCGUCGUGCUGGAGCACAUUCGCUUCCGCGAGCGCACGCUGUUUGCGUGGUACUGCGGGGUGAGCCUGGGCGCGCCCCUGAUCCUCCUGCUGCUUCUGCUCACGGCGCACCUGCUGCCCGAGGGGCAGGCCGACCAAAUACGGCCCGGCUUCGGUGCCAGCAAGUGCUGGUUUCGUGACGACCGCGCCACCUGGCUGUGGUUCUACUGGCCGCUGGCCGUGCUGCUGGGCCUCAACGUCGUCUACUUCGUGUGGACGACGGCGCGCCUGUGGCAGCAGUACGGCGACAGCAACACGUGCCGGCGCAAGCUGCUGCGCCGCCGCUGCCUGCUCUCCCUCAAGCUGUUCCUCAUCAUGGGCAUCAGCUGGAUCUUCGAGCUCAUCUCGUCCGCCGCCGACCUGCCGGGGCACUACGCCUGGUACCUGACGGACUCGUUCAACGCGCUGCAGGGCGUCGUCAUCCUGCUCGUGCUCGUGGUGGUGCGGCGCCGCGUGUGGCGCGCGCUGCACCGCCUGCAGCCCUUCGGCAUCAGCCCGCCGGAGCGCUGGGCCUACCCGAGCCACAUGCGCGACUGCCCGGACACGGCCACCGACACCGAGGACGACGAGGAGGCCGAGGACGCGUCCAGGAGGCACCACGAGCUCAAGGACCUGUCCGCGUCCAACGGCUCCAACGGGCACGCCACGCCCGCUGCGCCCGCCGCCACCAAGGCCGCGAGCUAGGCCAAAGACAAUGUGUUCAGUGAGCAGAACAACGAUGUGCUAAGGGCUGAAGACGGACUGGCGAAAGCCGUACCCACGCCCAAGUGACUUUUCCCCAUUUUGUACUGCUGGCCCAGCGGGCAUCAUUCGCGUACGCGGCCGGCCGUGAGCACAGGAACGGUGCGGCGUUGACAAGCCAACGCCAACAGUGAUUCUCCAAUAAAGACUUCCAUGACCUUCGCA